AUGUCUUUCACAAGAGUAACCUCGUUCGGAUCCAACGACAGCGGCUAUGAGAGUGGAGAGUCUGCGGAUAUCAUCGAAGCACAUUCACGAGCGAAGCAGCAGGAGCACGCAAGAGAAGUUUCUCGUCAACGCCAAUCAAUACUCGCUAAGGAACUAUCCCGACAAGACUCCGACGAGUAUGGACAAGACAUGCUGGAGCACAUGCUUCGCAUGGAUGCAGAGAGUUUACCUGACGUUGACUCUAUCGACAUCCAGACUGAGAUACAGUGGUUCAUGCGGCCAUACCUACUCGACUUCCUUGUCGAGGCUCAUUCCGCCUUCCAACUACUUCCCGAAACACUGUUCUUGACUAUCAACUUACUCGACCGAUACUGCUCGAAGCGUGUAGUGUACAAGCGUCACUACCAACUUGUUGGCUGUGCAGCUCUACUGAUCGCAGCCAAAUACGGAGACAAGAAGGAGAAGGUGCCCACGAUCAAGGAAUUGAAGUCGAUGUGCUGUUCGCUUUACGACGAUGACAUGUUUCUUCAGAUGGAGUGGCACGUGCUCUCGACUCUGGGCUGGAGCAUUGGUCAUCCCACCGCCGACGCCUUUCUUAAGAUGGCCAUGAAGGACUCUGUACCCGACCCAGAAGUGGAGAGUCUGACACUGUAUAUCCUCGAGAUCGCUCUAUACCACCGCGAAUUCGUGUCUAGACAUUCGUCGUCCCUCGCUCUGUCCGCGCUGGCCCUUGCCCGAGACAUCUACCGAAGGCCACAGAUCCGACAAGUGGAUUGGGCACAUCAGUACGACAGGACAAUCUUCGCUGAUUUGUCUGCAAAGCUGGGCGAGCCGUCCAACAUUCUCUCUCGCAAAUAUUCCUCAGCAAGACACUUCAACGUCUCUUCGGUGGUAUCAUCCUACGUCAUGCACAAAGCAAUGAUGGCAAGGGCACCACCGACACCAGUGUACGAUCUGACACCUCCCGCCUUCUCGAAGGGGAACAGCACUGGCUACUUCAAUGCUUUCUCUACCCCACAGAAGAACCAGGUGACCGCUGUUUCUGCUCACGGUCUCUACACUCCCCCAAUCACGCCUGACGAGGGAGUGCCAAAACACGCUUUCAUGCCCCCAACGCCCACACCCACAGGUCCACAACAAUUUGAGUUCACUGGUCUUCCACAGUACCACAACGGCUCGCAGUGGAAUUUUGGAGCGUACUAG